AUGACUCUCAUCCCAGCCAAACGUCUCCAUCCGGCCCGAUGCCUGUCAGAUCGGCCGGGUUCCGUAUUCUCGCUUUUUCUUAGCGCCUCUUUCCUACAUGUAGUCGCCCACAUUCCCGCUUCCUCUCUCGGCGCUUCUUCGUUGUCUCUGGCUGGGCUCCAUCCGGCCUCGACCAACGAUCCUGGCGCAAACCCACGACGACUUCACUUGAGCCGCCAAUUUCUCGCCGUCUCAACACUCAUUCUCUCAACAGACAUCAUCACUUUUCAGCCUUUCGAUUCCCAUCAGCCCACAACGCACUGCAACCUUCACCGUCUGCUUGGCCAUGAGGAUGGUUGUCUCCGUCUCAGACCCCUUGUUGCGGGCGCUCGCGCAGCUUCGCUUGCGAACAACCCAUUAGUCCCACCAAAGGCCCGAUAUCUCCAGGAACGCGGGGUUUUCCUCUCCGCCACCGCCAUGCUGGAAUCUGGAGUCUAG